GCUGUGUCACCAGGACGGGUUGUGUCGCUGGGACGAGUUGUGUCACCACGACAUGCUGUGUCACCAGGACGUGUUGUGUCACCAGGACCAGUUGUGUCACCAGGACGUGUUGUGUUACCACGACAUGUUGUGUCACCACGACAUGUUGUGUCACCACGACAGGCUGUGUCACCAGGACGGGCUGUGUCACCAGGACGGGCUGUGUCACCACGACAUGCUGUGUCACCAGGACAGGCUGUGUCACCACGACAGGCUGUGUCACCAGGACGGGCUGUGUCACCACGACAUGCUGUGUCACCACGACAUGCUGUGUCACCAGGACAGGCCGUGUCACCAGGACAGGCUGUGCCGGGCCGGCCCAGGUCUCCGCCCAGCUGCGCGUUCUGCCGGCACAACGGCGAGUCGCGCGCGGUGUUCUGCAGCCAUGCCCUGAAGGACGGCCGCGGCCGCGUGCUCUGCCCCAUCCUGCGCAGCUACGUCUGCCCGCAGUGCGGGGCCUCGCGCGACCGCGCGCACACACGGCGCUUCUGCCCGCUCACACCCACCUGGUACCGGUCUGUGUACGGCAACAGCACCACCAACAGCAGCACCAACAGCAGCACCAACAGCACCAGCAGCACCAACAGCAACAGCUCCUGCAGGUCUGUGUACGGCAACAGCACCACCAACAGCAGCACCAGCAGCACCAACAGCACCAGCAGCACCAACAGCACCAACAGCACCAACAGCAACAGCUCCUACAGGUCUGUGUACGGCAACAACAGCACCAACAGCACCAACAGCACCAGCAGCAACAACAGCAACAACAGCAGCAGCUCCUACAGGUCUGUGUACAGCAACAACAGCACCAACAGCACCAACAGCACCAACAGCAGCACCAACAACA